GUAAGACCUUGGUUUCGCCAUUGACUAAGUCCACGGAAGCCGAGCUUGCUCAGUCUGUGUAUCAGCAUCGUAGGCGGAAAGAUGGCAGACUUGAGUCAGAGGUAGUGGCAGAUUUUUUCUUCCUCUCGAGUACCGGUGAGGAACCUAGAGCCGUUAGGGCAGACAACCUCAGGGUGCUUGUGAUGGUGGAGCGCAUGUCUGGCAUGAUAGGAGCGAUUGUCACCUCUGAUAACGUAGUUGAGAACCGUACUCUAGUGGUGAAGUGGCUGCGUGAGUUUGGUUUGCAAUCCGGUACAUGCUCCAUUCUUAUGAUCACUGAUGCUGAGGGUGCUGUAUCAGAUCUGAUCGCAGGGGCCUCUGAGGAGUUUGCAUUCCAGGUUAGGAAAGCCGAGCCACAAAACCAUGAGUCAGUUGGUGUUGCCGAGCGAGGUGUCCGGAAGGUUAAGGAGAGCCUCCAAACCUUGCGCAGUGAUCUCAAUCAAGAAGGAGUUGACUUGUGCUUCAAUCAUGUCGGGUUUGCAGCAGCCUUGACCUAUCUUUGUGGCAGCUUGAACCGGUUCUCGAAAGCGCAUGGGUCUGAGCUUGCGCCUUGUGAUAUGCCACUGCGAAGACCAACACCUAAAGGUCCUUUCACCUUGUUUGGAGCUACAGUGCUUGCAGAGUUGCCUCAGUCGGUCCGAGACCUUGCUCCAAACUUACCCAGGUUCACUGAGGGUGCAUUUCUGUACCCCAUUUUGGGAUCUCAGGCCAUUCGGGUUACUUCUUUGAUCCGGAUUGACGGCCGCUUUGAGUUGAAGACGUAUGCAGCCAAGUCGGUGAAAGUCUGUGUGCCAAUAGCUUGGCGCCUUGAGUUGUUGGAAGGUGUGAUUAGCAGCCUUGGUGGUGGUCCGAGGAUACCACAGGCCAUUGAGCCUCGUGAAGUGCUUGAGCCUCCUGUGUCAGUUCGACCUCCUGCAGCAGGUNNGGAAUGGGUACUCGGCGGGGAAGACGUUGAUCUCCCUGGUGAUGAGUUUGAUGGAAGACUCAACUUUGAUGAUGAGCCUGGAGAGGAUAACCAGGUUGUGUUGACCAGAGAGGUUGAGCUAGUUGACCUUGAAAGCGAAAUCCGUGAGACAGGGCCUGUUAUUCCGCGGCGUUUGGAUGGGCUGCACUGGAGCUCAGACUUUAGUGAGAACGUUGUGUUGAGUGAGCUUGUCACACGUCCUGAGGUUGUUGAUGAUGAAGUGAACAGCAUUAGGUACUCAUCUCAGCGAAGUCAAGAAAGCUCUGAGAAAGUGCAGCUUGGUGGAAGCCAUGUUCUGUUGUGGCGUCCGGAUGGCGGUGUUGACGAUAGUACUCUAGAAGAGUUGCCGUCUGACCUUGUUUUCCUUGGCAUGAAGGAGGAGAUCUCGAACCUUGAACGUUGCAAGACUGGUAAAGUGAUCUCUCAAGCUGAGGUUGACAGGCUCAGGACUUUGCAUGGCAAUCUCAGGGCCCGUACUGGCCGCGCUCUUGUGGUAGCUUAUGUUGAUGACCUUCUGGUUGUGUCUGAGCAUGAGGAGCUUGAAAAGGCUAUUCUUGCUGCUAUCGGCAAACGGGAAGGGCCUGUUGCCACUUUGUUUGAGCUUUCGCAGUUCCAUAGUCGUGGAGAUGGUGAGUUAUCAGAGUUGCACAUCUAUGCAGGCAGUGAUGAGAAAGCCCUCAUUGCCGUUGUGGAAAU